AUGUCGCUCAAUAGCGAAUAUGCUAGACACAGGUUAUUGGUUGCAAACCGAGGAGAGAUUGCUGUUCGAAUCAUUCGAACUGCUCAACGGCUGGGUAUAGCAACAGUAGCCAUUUACACCUCGUCAGACGCCCUCUCCCCUCAUGUUACCAUCGCAGAUGAGGCUGCUCAUUUGCAGAACCGCGCCAGCGACCAACAGCAACUAGCAUCAGAGUCGAAGUUGUAUCUAUCAAGUGCUAUCAUCAUCUCGAUAUGCAGGCAGUAUCGGGUCACCAUGGUUCAUCCAGGUUAUGGAUUCCUCUCGGAGAAUGAGGAAUUUGCGCUUUCUGUAGAGGCAGCUGGGAUGAUCUGGCUCGGUCCGAAACCAGACAUUAUUCGGAUCAUGGGUCUAAAGCACGAAGCCCGACGUCUUGCUGCAAAUGCCGGCUUGCAGCUCGUUCCAGGAUCCCAAGGACUUGUAAACACUCUCGAUGAGGCCCUAAGUAUAACAAAUAUGAUUGGUUUUCCCGUGAUUCUGAAAGCGACAGCUGGGGGAGGGGGCAUGGGCCUUCUUGUUUGUCGAGAUAGCAGCGACCUCUCCAAAUGCUUUAUCAGUGCUCAAGAAAGGGCCACUUCACUGUUUCAUAACGGGGGAGUUUUUAUUGAACGAUACUACCCUGCAGCACGCCAUAUUGAAAUCCAGGUAUUCGGUAAUGGGCUGGGUGAUGUGGUACACAUGGGGGAGAGGGAAUGCAGUGUUCAAAGGAGACAUCAAAAAGUCGUGGAAGAGACCCCGAGUCCAUUCGUUGCAGAUCAUUCAGGUCUUCGUGAAGACAUGUGCGACGCAGCCGUCAAGCUGUGCAAGACCAUCAAAUAUUCAUCUGCAGGUACCAUAGAAUUUCUUGUGGACGAUGAGUCGGGGGUGUUUUUCUUCCUUGAAAUGAAUACACGUAUCCAGGUUGAGCACGCCAUCACAGAGGCUAUACACCCUGGCCUGGACCUCGUAGAAAUGAUGUUGGCACAAGGAAUUGCACAGCGAUCUGAAGCGAGAGGUCUUGAUCAUGCGAGUCCCAGCAUGGCGCAAGCUAUCUAUGACAAGAACCUUGUCGAGUCUCGUAUCCACGCCAUCGAAGCUAGAGUCUACUGUGAAAACCCCUCAGAAGGCUUCAAACCCAGUCCAGGCAUCUUACAGUUCGUGGAAUUCCCACAAGAGAACUGGCUUCGCGUUGACAGUUGGGUGUCAACGGGAACGGAAGUGACUCGAUUCUUUGACCCUUUGAUUUGCAAACUAAUCGUAACCGGUUCAACACGAGAACAAGCAGUUUCCAGAAUGGUUCAAGUAUUGAAAGCCUGCAAAGUCUUUGGCCCGCCGAACAACCUGGCUUACCUCGCUUCAAUAUGUGAUAGCACUAUCUUCAAAAAAGGGAAGGCUACAACACAGUUUUUGGACAACUUUGAUUUCUCCCCGAGCGCAUUCACGGUCCUAUCAGCUGGUAUUGAAAUGACUAUCCAAGACUUACCCGGCAGGCGUAUCGGGCUAGGCAUCCCGCAAAGCGGCCCCAUGGACUCUCAGGCUUUCAGCGCGGCCAACAUACUUGCUGGCAAUACACUAGAGACGGAAGCGCUAGAGAUCGUCACCCUCCCGGGUGCCGGAUGCAAGCUGAAAUUCCACAGUUUUGCUAUUGUAGCGAUAACCGGCAAGCCAGCAACUGUCAAGAUCAACGGCGAGCAGGUUUCGAUGUGGGCUCGCCUUACCGUCUCCGAAAAUGCGGUCCUCGAUAUUGCGGGCCUGCCAGGUCCUGGGUUCAGAAUAUAUCUAGCAAUCAGAGGUGGCUUCCCUGAAGUGCCACAAUAUCUUGGCUCUAAAUCAACGUCAAUGGGCCUUGGAGGCUAUCAGGGAAGAUCACUUAGAGUCGGCGAUCAGCUUGCUUUAGGUUCGCAAUCGUUAUCAGAGCAAGAUGAGAUUGGUCCAGUAGCUUUUCUACUCCCAAAAAGCCUUGUCCCGGUUUAUCCUCAAGAUUGGGUCAUCCAAGUCUUGGCUGGACCACAUGAUGAUGCGGAAAUUUUGACCCCUGAAGGAAACGCCACAUUUUACUUGGCGAAGUGGUCCGUUAGUUCAUCGAGUAAUAGAAUGGGGAUACGGCUGGAGAGCAAUCAAAGUAUAGAUUGGGCCCGUAACACUGGUGGCGAGGGUGGAUCUCACCCGAGUAACAUCCUAGAUAACGGAUAUGCGUUAGGGACGGUUAACGUGAACGGAGACACGCCCGUUAUAUUAACGAACGAAGGACCAGACAUGGGUGGGUAUGUCUGCCUGUGCACCAUUGCGACUGGGGAAAGGUGGAAGCUGGGGCAAUUGAGUCCUGGUAGUACGGUGACCUUCCGCAAGAUUUCAUGGCAGGAUGCACAAGCUUGUAUGAAAGCUUCACUCAGAUGGAUUGAGGCCGUUCAGGCCGUUGUCGCUGGAUCUCAACCACUUAUGGGCUUCAUAGAUGGUACUUUGGAAGCUAGGGAGUUAUCCGGAAUCCUGCACAGAAAUGAGUGGUUACCAGGAAGCCCAAGACCUGCCGUAACAUUCCGGCAGGCUGGCGACUCCGCUAUUCUGGUAGAAUAUGGGGAGAUGCAUCUAGAUUUCGUCCUUCGAGCGCGCGUACAUGCGCUGGAAUCGGAAGUGCGCAGGAGGAACGUCAAAGGCAUAUGGGCGUUUGCUCCAUGCAUUCGCUCCACAAUGUGCCAUUAUGAUCCCUCGGUGAUCUCCCAGGGUGACGUACUCGCCAUCCUAUUGAACACGGAGCGCUCGUUGCCAGAUUCCGCAUCAGACCUCCAUUUCCCCGGGCGCAAGAUCACGUUCCCGAUCGUACUCGACGAUCAGUGGUGUCGCGAUGCAUUGCAACGGUACAUGCGAACUACCAGAGACAGCGCGGUUUAUUUGCCCAGUAACAUUGAUUACCUCGCGCGAAAUAAUGGUCUGGAGGGUGGUGUCGAUGAGGCGCUUCAGAAACUGAUGGAUUCUGCUUGGCUCGUUUUUGGCGUCGGAUUUUAUCUAGCUUGUCCUUUCUUAGUUCCAAGCAGAUUGAUCCCGCGAUGCCGUCUGGUCGGGCAAAAAAUGAACCCUUCAAGAACAUACACUCCUGGUGGAGCGGUCGGUAUCGCUGGUCCCGUGGCUGCCAUUUAUCCAGCGGUCUCACCCGGAGGAUACCAGCUGUUUGGGCGCACGCUUCCAGCUUGGCAAACCUGGGGAAAGGGCCCUGAUUUUGCCUCCGAUCGACCGUGGCUGCUUCAACCAUUUGACCAGGUCCUCUUCGAGCCCGUCAGCGAGGAACGCUAUCUCGAGAUCGAGCCAGCGGUCUUUUCUAUGGCGGCGUACACCACAUUCACUGACGGCAUACAGGAAGAGAUUACGGAGUUUAAGCGAAAGCAGGCGGAAGGAACAAUGAGAGAGGAAGCACGUGAGACUGAACUGUUACGUGUAUGGCAGGCGCAGAAAGCGGCGAAAGCUCCGCUUACGGUAUCGGUGAAUGACACAGACAUUGGACCUGGUAGCACAAGUGUCACUUCUUCCAUAUCAGCGUCUAUUUGGAAGAUCAAAUGCCAGCCUGGAGACGUCAUACAAUCUGCCGAUGAUAUUCUGGUCAUCCUCGAAGCGAUGAAGACUGAGAUUAAUAUUCUUUCAGGAGAAGAAAAUAUUGGAAAGGUAGUGAAAAGCUUGGGUAAGGGGAUUAGGGAAGGAGCGAGUGUUCAAGCAGGGGAUAUCCUCGCAUGGUUUGAAUAG